AUGUCUACGAGCGAAGACGCGCCUUCCCAUGCAGAGAGAGCUGCUGAGCUCCUCGCGCGUGCCCGUCUCCAAGGUAAGGCUCCACCAACAGCAGCAGCUGCUGCUACACCGCCGCCCACGCGCACCCCUUCGUCGGAAGCGUCGACGAAGCCCAUAUCGAUCCCUGAGCUUCUCAAGAAGCUCGCGAAUCCUGCACUGGGGUCCAAUGCCCUGUCGGUCAAGGACGCCAUCCCGAUCGCGGGCAAGCUCGUCCGGGCCAAGCUCAACACCGAGGCACAGCUCGAGUACCUCAGCGAGGCGCUCCUCGAGCGUGCCGGCAUCAGCUCCGAGUCGGACCGCAACCGUGUACUCGUCGCGCUGGGCGUGCGGUCGGCCGGCCUGAUGGGCAAGAGAAAGGCGCCGGAGCCGAGUGCGGCAACGAAGCGCCGGAGACAACAGAUGGACGAUGUGGCCCUCUCGCGCGACUAUGGAAACUAUGACCCAACAGCGCACCAUGCCUCCUCGAGAAGAAACCAGGGCGAGGAGGAAGAGUACGUGUUCAACGAGGUGCUCGAUGCCGAGGUGCUCCGGGGCCGAUACGCCUUUGUGAAUCGCGCGCCAGUCAUGACGGCCUGGACGACGAUUGUUUUGGAGCGGCUCGGGUUCCAGCGCGCAGAGGCGCUCAGCUUGGCCCACGUCUAUGUCGACACGACGAGCACAAGCAGGGGGAUCUCGAUUGGCGUCUAUGACGAGAGCCACCGGGAUCGUACCACGGCGACGGCGAGCCAGCCGCACUUUGAGUUGAUGGGCCUGAGGAUCCCCGUCAUGAGGAUGAACAGCGGACAGGGGCAGUGGCGUGGCAUCUCGAGGGGCGAAGUCGUUGGACCCGAGAGGGCGUUCAACUACCUGAAGAAGUCGAUGGCGCAGACGCUGCCCAUGGUCAUCGGGUCCCUGUCGCUCCUGGCCGACUCGUUUGUCGAUCCUCUCCCUGGCACAGCUGAGUCCCAUGACGAAGACUUCGAUGAGGUUGAGGACAAGAAGGUCACGCAGGUCAAGAAAGAGGAACAUGGUGAUGGCCAUGGGCACCCGCCUGAGGAGGACAAGCCAGCGACGACCGAGCCAAAGAAGGAGGAAGAGCAGGAGCAAGCCCCCUCACAUGGGCCCGACGUGUUGCAUGCCCACGCCUACGAUCUCUACUGUCAGUUCCGCCCCUCUACGGGAGGGGAGUGGGGCAAGAAGGCCAAGCUCGAGCUCGGUAAAGUCCUUGCUCUGAGGAGGGGUGACGUGGGCGUCGAGGCGUGGGAGGAAGGAAGAAUGUCGAGAGAGGAAAGGGAGGAAAAGGACUGGGAAGACGAGCUGGCACGCUUGGCAGAAGGUGGAGAUGGCGCUCCAACGACGAAGUUGGAAGAGGAGGAAGAGGACAAACCGCAUCAGCAGGAGGCGGCGCAGCCAGGACGGGACAACGACCAUGUAAAGAAGGAAGAGGAUGAACCAUGA